AUGGCUCGUACUAAGCAAACUGCAAGGAAAUCCGUCUGCGGCGUGCCAAGGAAGUUUGCAACCGGCGCCCAGCCAAUGAAGUUCGCAAACACGGCUGCCCGCAAAUGUUGCCCGAUCACCGCCGGCAUCAAGAAGCCCCGCCGUUUCAGGCCUGGCACUGUUGCUCUGAGGGAGAUCCGCAAGUACCAGAAGACUACUGACCUUCUCAUCCCGAAGCUUCCAUUCCAGAGGCUGGUCAGGGAGGUUGCUCAGAACUUCAAGGCUGAUCUCCGCUUCCAGAGCGACGCUGUCGACGCCCUUCAAGAGGCCGCCGAGACGUACCUGGUUGGGUUGUUUGAGGACACAAACCUCUGCGCAAUUCAUGCCAAGAGGGUGACCAUCAUGCGGAAGGACCUUCAGCUCGCCCGUAGGAUUAGGGGUGAGAGGAAUUAGUGUCGUUUGUUGAAGAAAUUUAGGGAAACCUUUCCUGGGGUUUUUCUUAUUUUGUUAUUCGAUCUGUUUUCC